UUUCUUCUUCCUCUCGUCAAUCCUUCCUUGUCUUCCUAAGUCAUCUCCUUCCCUUCGCCAUGGAUCGCUUCGAUUUGCCGGUAUGCGGCGAGUUCCGUACGUGAUAAGAUCGAAGAGGGAGGGAAGGAGAGGGGGAUCAGUAAUUCAGAGAAGAUGGGAAUGAAUUCAGUGAAAGGGAGUGCUCUGCUUUUGGUUGCGUUGGUGAUGGCGAUCAGCUUCUUCCUCGGGCGGAAGAACUGCAUGGUCAUCGCGAAGCAUCCUCGCCGGAUUCUACUCGAUACAGACGUCGAUACUGACGAUUUCUUUGCGCUCCUCUACAUUCUGAAGCAGAACCGCUCGGAGUUCGAUCUAAAGGCAGUUACGAUCAGUGCAAACGCGUGGUCCGAAGCAGGGCACGCAGUGAACCACGUAUACGAUUUGCUAUACAUGAUGAACAGAGACGAUGUUGCUGUGGGAGUUGGAGGCGACGGCGGCAUAUCAGACGAUGGCUCCAUUAUUUUCCCUAAUGUCGGUGGAUUUCUUCCUCUGAUCGAGCAGGGAAUGUCGACGGCCGGUGACUGCCGCUAUCGACAAGCGAUUCCGGUGGGCUCUCGCGGGAGGCUCGAUAUCGGCACCAAUUACGGCCUUCGAAGGUCCUUUCUUCCUCAGGGGAAGAGGAGAUACGUUCCCCUGCGUCAGCCUACUGUCCAAAGAGUCAUGCUCGAGACCAUCUCUGUAGGCCCGACCACUCUGCUUCUGAUCGGAUCACACACAAAUGUCGCCCUGUUUCUGAUGACAAAUCCCCGGUGGAAGAAGAACAUCGAGCAUAUCUACAUCAUGGGAGGAGGGAUCCGGUCAGAAAACCCUACUGGCUGCUGCCCGGACUACUCUAGCUCUUGCAUUCCCCUGCAGUGCGGUGACCAUGGCAACCUCUUCACGGCUUACGCCACCAAUCCAUUCGCAGAGUUCAACAUCUUUUCUGAUCCUUUCGCGGCUUACCAGGUGUUCCAUUCCGGGAUUCCGAUCACUCUCGUUCCGCUCGACGCGACCAACACCAUCCCGAUCAACGAGGAGUUUUUCCGAGUGUUCCAGCAGCGCCAAGAGACCUUCGAGGCGCAGUACUGCUUCAGAUCUCUCAAGAUCAUUCGCGACACUUGGUUAGACGACCAUUUUUACACUAGCUAUUUCAUGUGGGACUCGUUCCUCUCGGGCGUCGCCAUCUCCAGCAUGCGCGACGGGAACGACCGUACCGGCGACGACGACAACGAGUUCGCCGUCAUGGAGUACCUCAACGUAACGGUGGUCACGUCGAACGCGCCUUUCGGCGUCGACGACGGCUCCAACCCCUUCUUCCAUGGCCGCGCGGUUCCCAAGUUCGACUUGCAAAACGGCGGCGUCCACAGUGGCCACGUUCAGGCAGGGCUCCGAGAUCCAUUUUGCCUCGUCAAUGCCUCAACUAAAGGAAAAUGUCAGGACGGAUACACCAAAGAAGUCACUGGAUCGGAAGCUGUUCAGGUGCGAGUUGCGAAAGAGGCUAAGCCGAACAGAGAUUCAAACAGCCCACUGAACAGACAGUUCUUCCAGAGUUUCUUGGACGCUCUUAAUCUUCGUCCUCAGUCUGGGAAAUUUAGCCUCGCAAGACAAUUUCCUUUCUACAGAGAAAUGUUCUACAAGCCAAACUCUUCCUUAAGCCGAACGAGAGGAAAGGCUGUGGUGUUCGACAUGGACAUGAGCGCCGGAGACUUCCUCGCACUCAUCUACUUGCUGAAAGCGCCGAUCGAGACGAUAAACCUCAUGGGAAUUCUGGUGAGUGGAAAUGGGUGGGCGACUGCCGCAACUGUAGACAUAAUCUACGAUGUGCUUCACAUGAUGGGGCGAGAUGACAUUCCAGUCGGAUUGGGGAAUUUCACUGCGUUAGGCACUCCUGUUCUUGGCUGCCAAUACGUGAAGGCAAUUCCACAAGGAAGCGGCGGGCUUCUCGAUUCCGACACGCUCUACGGCCUCGCGCGAUCGCUGCCGCGGAGUCCUCGAAGGUACACAGCUGAAAACUCAUGCAAGUUUGGAGCUCCGAGGAACACCGAUCACCCUACGCUUAGGCAGACACUGGCUGUGGAAGUUUGGGAGCACAUUACAAGAGCAUUGGGCCCGACUGAUAAGCUCACUCUGCUCACGAAUGGUCCUCUCACUAACUUAGCCAGCAUCAUCGAUCAAGAUCGAGAUGCAACUAGAGUAAUACAGGAUGUUUAUGUGGUGGGAGGGCAAGUGAUGGACGGGCGAAACAAGAGAGGGAAUGUCUUCACUGUUCCCGCCAACAAGUUUGCCGAGUUCAACAUGUUCCUCGAUCCUUUAGCUGCAAAGAAGGUGAUGGAGUCGAACCUCAGCAUCACACUCAUUCCUCUCAGUGCUCAGAAGAGAGCAGCUUCGUGUGUGAGGAUGCUCCGAAGUUUGAAAAUUGCAGAGCAGACUCCGGAAUCAAACUUCGCACAGCAGCUGUUGUUACUGCUCAAUCAACUGGUGCUGAAGAACCCUAAACUAUAUCGUCAUAUGGAUAUAUUUUUAGGUGAAAUUUUAGGUGCAGUUGUUUUGGUCGACCAGGGCAAGUUGAAUACGAGAAUGCAAAUCAAACCGAUUACUGUUCUAACUGGAGAUCUAAGUCGAGAUGGACAGAUUGCAGUCGACAGAAAUGGGAAACUAGUCCACAUUUUGGAUAAUUUCGAUAGCCAAGAAUACUACGAGCAGUUUGCAAACUUAUUAGGCGAGAAGCAGCAGUCUGCAGUCAUUGGAAGCUUUGAUGAACAGAAAAGAAUAUGGAGCACACCACCGAAAUGAAAGAGAAGGAGAUCAGUUGAUUCUUUGAAAAACAGUGUAAUUCUUUGUAAAUGUGCAUAGAUCAUAUUUGUCAUUUAUAAUUUUAACUUGUGAGAAUAUUAUAACUACUGUUAAA